AUGUUUUCUCCCCGGAAUUUAGCCAUCGUUAUUCUGGUGGGACUCUCAGUCGCCCAAGACACGUACGACUAUGUUAUUGUUGGGGGUGGAGUCACUGGCCUUGUUGUAGCCAAUCGCCUGACCGAAGACAAGAAAAAAUCUGUACUCGUCAUCGAAGCCGGAAGAGCAGACGACAACCCAAAUAUUCGUAUGCCUUAUGGCGCCACGUAUUCCCUCAACACCUCUCUUCUGUGGUCAGACUAUGUAUCACAGCCAGAACCAUAUCUUGGUAACAAGACAUGGAACACUCGUGUCGCGCAAAUCCUCGGCGGUGGUUCUUGUGUUAAUGGGAUGCUUUAUGAUCGCGGAUCAGCGGCGGACUACAAUGCUUGGGAGGCGUUGGGCAACAAGGGUUGGGGAUGGGAAGGGAUGUAUCCAUACUUCAAGAAGGGAACGGAAUUCACCCCACCUCCCGCGGAAACAGUCGAACAAGUCGAAAUUACUUGGGAUCCCGAGGCAUACGGAAAGGGUCCAUUGAAGCUUGGCAUCACCGACACACAAUACUCCGAUAUUGUUGACUACUUCGCAGCCUUCGAAGGCACUGGUGGCGCAUAUGCGGCUCGCGACGGUAACAAUGGAGAGGCAUACGGCACCUCAUGGUACCCCAAUACGAUGAAUCCCAAAACUGGUGAAAGAUCGCACGCUCGUAACUCAUACUACGACCCUGUGAUGAGUCGUUCGAACCUGAAGGUCGUGCUACAGACGUUGGCAACUGAGCUCGUGUUUGACGGUGACAAGAAGCUCACAGCAAAGGGCGUGAAGGUCACUGACAAGACUACUGGCUCGUCGACAACUUACUAUGCGAAGAAAGAGGUCAUCUUGGCCGCUGGUGCUGUAAAUACACCAAAACUUCUCCAGAACAGCGGUGUCGGACCAAGAGCUGUACUUGAAGCUGCUGGCAUCUCUGUGAAGCUUGAGCACGACGGCGUAGGUGCGAACUUCCAGGAUCAUCCAUACACUGGUGUUGGGUUCAACGUCUCCAACGUCAGCAGCCCGAACGCGAUGUCUUUGACUACAGACCCAGCAUACAACGCUUCUGCAUGGGAGGAGUACCGUGUCAACAAGACGGGACCGCUGACUCAGGCCCGUGGCAACAGUCUAGCCAUGAUGCCACUUCCUGUAGUGGAUCCUGAAAACUACCGCAGUAUCGCAAACCGAAUCCGUGGCCUCAAGAACGACGAGUAUCUGCCAUCGAUCUACAAGAACAAUGCGAAGCUGCUUAAGGGUGUCAAGGCACAGCGCAAAGUAAUCACCGAGAUUUUCGAGAACGAAAAGGCAGCUGUUGUGGAAUACGGUAUUCCGUCAUCAGGCGGCUACGUUCUCGUCGGUUUGGAGAAGCCAGUUUCUCGUGGAACCAUCAUGAUCAACCCUACCAACCCUCAAGGACCGCCAAGAAUAUUCUACAACGCGCUUAGUAACCCAGUUGACAAAUCUGUGCUUGCUGCAUGUGUCCGCCAUCUCCGUAAGGUCUGGGCAGGCCCUGAGCUGGCAAAGUAUACCCCGGUCGAGACGACGCCGGGAGCCCAGUACAAGACUGAUGACGAGAUCAUCAACAAGUCCGUUGAGCUGGGAAGCGUUUGGCCAACUCUUUCACACCCAUCUUGCAGCUGUGCGAUGUUGCCUGAAGACAUGGGUGGUUGCGUGUCUGAGAAGCUUCUCUUCUAUGGCGUCAAAAAACUGUCUAUUAUCGAUGCUUCCAUCCUCCCUCUCAUUCCUUCUCAGCACAUCCAGGCAACUAUGUAUGCUGUUGGCGAGAAGGCAGCGGAUAUCAUUAAGAAAAGAGGUUGA